AUGGCAUCCGUAGCACCAACCACAGACGACGAGCAAACGUGGUACGCCGCAUGCCUCCGUUUCUACGCCACCGGCGACGCCGACGCGAGAAAGGUCGUGGAGCAACUCGAAGCAAGCGAAGACUCCGCGACGCGCGAUCGGUACCUGCAGCUCAAGGACGCGGCGCGUCGCCAGGCGCACGCGGAGCUCCAAGCUAAGCGGGCCGCAGCGUUCGCGGCUCGCGUCGACGCGCUGCCGGCGAGCGAGCCGCCGACGACCUGGUCCGCCGUGCGCGCCGCCCGCGAGCGACUCUCGGCGGCGUCAGGGCGCUGGCGCGGAGCACCGGGCACAGCCCGCGUGCUCGGCGGCCUCACGAGUCUGCUGCGCGCGCAACGAUCGUCUAGGGGCGGCCGCGUGUUGUGCUGGGUCGUGGAUAGUGUGGCGGUCGUAGAGUCGGGCGAUGAAGCAUUCAUAGACGAGUUCUUUGGAGUCCUGGCGGCUCUCGCGGCGCGAGCGGCCCUCGAUGGCGAUAAGCUCCGAGUCCAGGUCAGCGAGGCGUGGUCCGACCGGGCGCUCGGUCGCGUAUACUCCGCGGCGCCGCGCCCGGACGUGGCGGCCGGCGGCGUCGAAACGACGGACCGCGCGCGCACAAAUGCGAACGGUGAGCGCGACGAGGCCGUGCCCUUCGCGGAGAAGCUGUACGUGCUCGUGCUUGAUCUAUAUGUGUGGUUCUGUGACUAA